CAGUAGUCCGCAGAACACUGCCUUUAAGACUGUGCGUUUUAUCAAGCUUAAUAAUAAAACAAUCGACCACGAACAUGCAAUUUUAGUACCUACGGCUGCUUUUGCCACAAGGACAACACAAACCUCGCAACCAAUGCUGCCGAAAUUCCAUGUGCCGAAAAUCCUUAGCUGGUCCAAGCCUUUAAGUGACUGCGCCAAAGGGACACGAGCGCAUGUUACAGCCGCGCAAGAGGCCAAGUUUCAAUGCUUACUUGAAGAGGAAUACAGACAAAGGUUGGCAAAGCGAUUCGAUCGCAUGCCUUAAAAAUGAACGUAAUGUUCCUGCAACUCAGUAUGCUCUGAAUCAAAUCUAUAUUUUCAUGUUCAAUCGGCGACAACAAUAUUCUAUUUAAGCUAACGGAAAGGGGGAGAUGGCUGCAGUGGUCAAUGGUCAGUAUGUAUAGUGUUGAGCGUAGAGAGCUUGAGUCGGGGACUGACUCAAAGUCGCUUAUAUCCUGUUGUAAAAACUGCAAGUCUUGGCCACGCAUAACCAACAGCAACCAGCAGCAGCAGCAGCAACAACAACAGGAUGAUGCUGGCUACAAUUCGGAGAUAGACAGCACUUACAAAAGCAAAAUAAGCUCAGAAUACGGAAGAGAAGAAUAUGACUCACGAUAUAUAUCGAAUUCGCGCACGACGGAUUUAGGGAGCGCGGCGCCUUCAGCCGAAAACAACUCUUGGCGUGGUAGAGAACGCGAACCUGAAAUGGAAUCAAGGAAUAUUGCUGAGGCUGUAGCUGAAUCGCCACAAGCUACGGCUAAGAGAAACUCGGAGACCAGGCAACCACAAGCAACUAUUUUGUUGAUAGUAGUCAAUGCGCCCAGAGCUCAAGCAAUGCAGCCACCAAAUGGAUUCGCUGCUGCCAAUCAAGCUCCAGUCGACUAUAAUGGCGGCUAUCCCAUUGCACAUAAUCCCAACAUAAACUUUGGCAACGGUGCACCUAUAGUAAUGUCUUCAAAUGGAGCUCCCAACUACAACAACAACAUAAUGAGCUUCGAUAAUCAGCCGCCUAAUGGGCAAACUCCAUAUAAUGGCAAUGGUCAGCCGCCUUAUGGGCAAACUCCAUAUAAUGGGCCCGUUCAAGAGCAGCGUCGCAUUAGCUUCAAUACUCAGCAACGUAAUGGCUUUGGCCAAGGCAAGGAAAACGCUAGUGGUAAUCCUUACCAGUCUUAUGCCAAUAGCCAAACAGAAUGCUGUGAGGGCUGCAGAGACUGCGAAGGCUGCGAAACACAGCCAAGAAAUGCUCCCAGCAGUUCCGCAUAUAUGAACAGCAUUGCUCCUUAUGAUCCGCAAAUGCAGCAACCGCAGCCUUACUCCAGCUCACAAGCUGAUAAUCUUUAUAUGCCUUAUGGAGCUGGAUCAGCGUCCAAUGGUCCAAUAGAAAAUCGCGAUUUAGCCGAAGCGCAGGAGUGCGAUAUGGGCUGCUUGGAGUGUCUGCUAGAGAGUUUGACACCCAACGAGGACUGCAUCUGCUACUUCCAGUCUCUGUCCAAGAAGAAACAGACUGGCAAGAAAAAGAAAAAGAGAGCAAUCUAUGAUAGAUUUGCCGAUCCGCCCUUUGUUAUAGAGCCAAAGCCGUGUUGCUGCUGCUGCUACAGAGGUUGCUAUGGACAUUGCUGCAGACCUUGCUGUAACUGGUGCUAGCCAUGGGCAAGUGU